GAAUUUCUGUCUUGGGCUUAUUAGCUGUCUCUUGUCUCAAUGGAUAUGUCUCACCCUUGCUUUGUCAAUGUGGUCACUGAGCCAGUUAGGGUCAUCAGCACAGGGGCCGGGCCAUCGGACGAAGAACGUUCUGCGGCUGAGGUCCAUCAGUUUUCGACCCCGGAGCAGAUUCAGUCCCACUUCAGCCGCACUGAAAUCGACGAGCAGCCCUACCACUUUAUAUCGAUCUGCCAGCGCCAGUCUUGGAAGCCGUUACAGAUCACCAAACCAAUGUUGAGCUUUCUCGUUGACAAGUUCAAUUUAAAGCCUUCUGUUUGGGAUGUGUCUUCCUGUUUUUAUGCCAAAGAUUUCGACGUUGAAUCAACCUUUUGCGUCCCUUUUACACUGUCUCAAGAUGGGCCAAUAACAGAGGUCUCGUACACAAUUCGAUAUCCUGAAUUCAAGGCUGCCCAAGGUACUUGGAUCAUCAGACAGAGUGGCGUUUACCAGAGAUUCAACAACGAAACAAACAAGAACCUUUGCAUUUUGUUCAACCCAACACCGAAUUCCAAGCUGCAUCAAAUUGUGCAGGAUUGUGUCUCAAAGGCCUCCAGAAAUGACCUCAAGGACGUCUUUUGGCUUCACAAGGAAGUUUUCAACACAUAUUUCUCUUCUUGGAGGCUAUAUAAUGCGUAUCUGGAGAAAGUCCUUGUUCCAAUUGCAAACAACGCAGUAGCUACAUGGAUUGAAGAAUUGACGGAAGCCGAGUACCGCCAUCUCACUGAGCUAGCCUAUCUGGAGAGCCGCUUACUACAGAUACCGGUCAUCCUGGCAGGUUCAAACGAAGUGCUGGAGGGCUUGUCUUCUCUCUGUCGCGACUGGUAUCCUGAUUCGACAGGACAUGCCAAAGAGUCAGCUAGAACGGCGCUGAUAGAAUUCCAGAAACACCAGCUUAACUGUCGUGCCUACAUCAGAGUGGCAGACUUUCUACAGCAACGGGCUCAGAAGAUCACGCAGCUUCUCGCCAACACUCUGUCAUUCCGGGAGCAGCUAUACGCCAAAGUUCAAAAUGACAGUAUGCUUCGGUUGAAUAAGUCUGCUGUUUUUAUUACUACCCUGACAUUGUUGUAUUUGCCUGCGUCGUUUGUAGCAACAUUCUUUGGGAUGAACUUCUUCGAUCUUGACGACAAUGGAGAUCAGAUCGUGAUGACCUCCAUGAUCUGGAUAUACUUUUUAUCUUCUGCUGCUCUUACUAUCUGCACUUUCUUGUUAUAUCAUGUUCUUCUAGACAAGACUCUUCUUGGUCGCGUAGCGCGAAACAUUCCAAUUGUCAAGACACUCAUGCACAGGAGAAGUAGAAAGGUCUCUUCUGACAUGGAGUUAGGCAGCAUUUAAUAUAGCAGC